CGCAGGCUGGCUGUGGGGGGGGAGAUGCUGGUGAAGCCGGUGUCCGGUCAGCAGUCCUUAGAAGCCAGAGAUGCCCUCUCCAAACACAUCUAUGGUCAGCUGUUCACAUGGACUGUCCAGAGGCUCAACUCCGCCCUGCGCAGCCAGAAGGGACAAACCAAGUCCUUUAUAGGGGUGCUGGACAUCUAUGGGUUUGAGACUUUUGACCGGAACAGUUUUGAGCAGUUCUGUAUAAAUUAUGCCAAUGAAAAACUGCAACAGCAGUUCAACAGGCAUGUGUUCCACUUGGAGCAGGAGGAAUACAUCCGGGAGGAGCUGGCCUGGAGCCGGAUCGAGUUCAGUGACAAUCAGCUGUGCAUCAAUCUGAUCGAGGGGCAGCUGGGCCUGUUCGACCUGCUGGACGAGGAGUGCAGG